GAUGGCUUGAAUGUGACAACUUUUAUUUCGGAUCGUCACACAUCUAUUUCAAAACACAUGAAGGAGAAGCUUCCUAAAAUUACCCACUACUUUAACUUGUGGCACUUGGCAAAAAAAGUCAAUAAAAUUCUUAAAAAAAUUGCAAAAGAGAAAGGUUGUCAGGAGCUUCUUCCUUGGGUGAAGCCAUGUGUGAAUCAUUUGUAUUGGAGUGCAAUGUCAACUGAAGAUGGUGAUGGACAGGUCAUAUGGGCUAAGUUUUCAUCAUUCUUGGAACACAUGGCCAAUGUUCAUUCAAAUCUUCCCAAUCCCAUUUUCAAUGCCUGUGCUCAUGGUGAUGACAUUGAGGAAAGGAUGUGGCUUAAUAAAGGUAAGACAUUUUCAGUUGUGUUUGAGAAAACACAAGCUGCUCUUUUGAAUAGUAAUCUGAAAAGGGGUAUUUCCCAAGCGUCACCACUUUCACAGACCAGCUGCCUGGAAGGUUUCCACUCAGUGUUAAACCAUUUUUCUCCAAAAAUGAUUUCAUACUCGUUUGCAGGGAUGUAUUGCAGACACAUUUUGGCUGUUUUGCAUUUUAACGAUAACUUGAGGAGAGAUGAGGUGAUUGUGAAAGAUAAGAAACAAGUUAAAGUGGUGUACCCUAAAUUUAAAAAUGGUGAUGCUACAGUAAGAAGUGUUAGAGUUCAUCAAAUUUUUGAUUAUAAUGAUGAACUUUAUCACACAAUGAUGAAGGCUACCAAAAAGCAAUUUGAAAAGGCAUCUGAAGAGUUGUCAAAUAUGUCUCCUGCACCAAUGCAUACAAUGUUUGAGAGACAAUCAAGAGCAAAGGCCAUUAAAAAGAAGAUCAACCGCCAGAAAAUGGUAGUUGCAAAUGUACCACCCACCAAUGUCCAACCAACAGUGUCAAAUAACAUCACCAGUGAAGAAAGAACUUGUCCACACUGUCGAGCAUGUGGGAAAGCAAUGAAAGGCCAUCAAUAUGUCCUUGACUGUCCACGGAACAAGAAUCCAAAUUGAGGGUGAAUAUUGGCAUACAAAUAGUAAUUUAUUCAUCCUCAAGUUCAUCAUCAUCAUAACCUUGGAAAUCUUUUCCAGGAAAUCGAGUCCUUAUUGAAUGAUAGGCACAAGCAGGCAGUGGUAUCCUUUUCCUUCCUAAGUAACCAUGCACCAGCUGGGUAAACUCUCGAUAGGCAACACUUCUUAAAUACCUAUAUUUACAAAUUAAACAAAUGUUUGUUUCACAAUAAUUAAAUUUAACAUAAGAUGAAA